UCAAACCUGUGUCCUCUCCGACCUCCGUGUCAGUCGGCCUUUCCACCCAAACACCAGCGCUGACUGGUCUACUGUCUUGUAGUUGUGCAAGGCAUUGCUGUGGCUGACUAGCGUUUCGUCUCCACCAUCUUUUCGCUACCGCGUAGAACACCGCCAGAACGCUGCAUGCAGCCAUUCUCGAUGCUACCUUUCCCCGGCCCGUUGGCGAUGCAUGACAAGAAAAUAAGAAUUGUCCGACCCGGCCAGGUAGACAAAGCGGUGAAAUCAGCAUAAUUUAACAGCGUACGAAGGCACGCUAACAAGAUCAAUAGCCCAUCGACUCCGUAAAGAACGGCAUUAGUAUCAGCAGCAGCACAAACAGCAGUAGCAGCAGCCCUGGAAACGGCAAUAAUAGCAGCAGUGCAAGUAAACAGAACAUCACCGUCGAGAAACCAUGGAUUUGAAAGUCUCUCGUGGCAGAUUUCUCAUAACGCGAAUGAUCGGUUGUGGCUCCUUCGGUGAAGUGUACGAAGGUAUGAAAAUUGACAAUGGACGUCACGUAGCCAUCAAAUUGGAGCGCACCUCCUCCAGCGGCCCGGAGCUUUUGCAGCGGGAAAUGCGUGUCUAUCGGCGUAUAGACAGAUCAGCUGUUGGUCUACCAAAGGCUUACUGGAUGGGUGUGGAAGGCAGGUACACUAUGAUUAUCAUGGAGUUGCUGGGCCCAAACCUGGAGGAACUGCUCCAUCAUUGCGGCAGGUGCUUCUCACUCAAGACACUACUCUCCGUUGCAGAGCAAAUGGUGACACGACUGCAGCUGCUGCAUCACAUGGGAUUUAUACAUCGCGACAUCAAACCCGAUAACUUUGCCAUUGGCUCGGGGUCACACCGGGACAAGAUCUACUUGUUUGACUUUGGCCUCUCAAAGUUCUACAUGGACCCUGACACUCACCAACACAUACCAUACGAUGAUGACAAACCACACGAUGCGGUGGGAACGGCACGAUACUGCAGUCGACGCAGUCACCUUGGUAUCGAGCAAAGUCGCCGUGACGACCUGGAGUCGGUCGGCUAUGUCUUGGUGUACCUGCAUAAUGGCCGGUUGCCAUGGCAAGGUUUGAAAGCGCGGAACAAGCGGCAGAAAUACGAUCUGAUAUCCAUAAAGAAGCACAGCAUACGCACGGAUAAACUGUUCGAAAACCUGCCAAGGGCAUUUCUCCACUACAUGGUCUGUGUACAGCAAAUCCGGUUCAGAGAGACACCUGACUAUUCUCAGCUCAGACAAAUCUUCCGCGCUCUGUUCUUCCAGAAGCGCUAUCGUCGAGACUUCACGUUUGACUGGGAUCUGAACGAAGUCGACAGAGCGGAGAAGUCAAAAUAUCUCCGCAAAGAGCGUGGGAUUCCUGACCCGCCGGAACCCAAGACUGAAGAUAAAACAGAAGAAUAGCGUCCAAAUCAAAACAAAAGCAGAACCUGUGUGGGCCCGGCUCUUGGUGGUGGGUUACCCCCGGUUACAGGAAGAUUAUCAGUGUUCAACGUUUCAUGCUCUGCUCAGUGUCACAUCAAGGGAGAAACAGACUUGGGUUUCGUGCGAGCCAUCAGCAUGCAUAGAGUGUGUCACCGUUUGUCAUCAUUUAUACCUUGGUCAUCUAUCCAGUGAAGACGACAUGAUUGUAUGUGUUUUUUUUUACUAUUGGCAAGAGUACAUAACCCCGCCUUGUGUGGACGUCUGGAAAUACAUGCACGUGUGCAAGAUCCAUUGCAUCAUAGAAUUGUCGGACUGAGAAAAUUUUACUUCAACUUGAGAUCCUGACGGGAUAGCGGGAUAUGUGCUCUAAUGGAUAGCGCUGCAGAAUGGUGCCUGGUCAGGCGCGGGGAGUAGUAAAAUACCCACUCCCUGGUCAGAAGUAGGGAGUAGUAAAAUACCUACUCCCUGGUGAGAAGUGACAUACCAGGCACUUUGUGUCUGCAAUGUACAUAAAAAAAACUGGCCGAUCCAUCACUUACUUACUGUCAGUAUCCGGUUGCCAUUACAUUUGCAUAAUAUGCUGGUGUAGAAUAUUAAAAAGAUCUGGUCCCAACCAUCUGGGAGUAGCAACGAACUUAU